AUGACCGACGGGGUUGACCCGAACCCGGUGAGAGGUAAGCUUGCCCCAGCCUGGGCGACCAACCUCGGUGCAUGCGUGGCCGGCCGCGUGGGGCCGCAGGAGGCGGUCGCACGUCGCUCCUUUGACGCCGACGUGACUCACCCGUACAGAUCACAUCAGGACACGGUCUCGACGCCCUCGGCUGCCACGACGAGGUCGAGCACGCUUCUAUACGCUCGCCCAGCCUUCCUUUCCAUCCCAUUAGGCAGCCUGGGAACGGCUGACUUUGAGGCACCAUCAUCGGACGAUGUCGACGAGUUGGGUCGCUCUCGCGGUAGCCAGAUGACCUCCCAUGCUAGUAUCAUCGGCUAG